AAAAAGAAAGGAAAAGAACUGUGCACCGGACUUCGCGCCUCGCGAGAAAUAGCGUCUACCAAUGCCUUUAUUAUAUCAGCUGAGUCAAUUUAGUUUUCUCAUUGUAAUUUUUCAUUUGGCAAAGUUUAAGAUCGUGCGAUAAUUAAAAACCAAUCAUAACAUGCCAAACUAGAUUAAAUUAGACAAUUUCAUAGGGCCGAAGUAUUAUUUAAAAGGAUAUCGAAUAUUCACAACAAGAAGGGCUCGGUGGAGACUUGAUACAUUCCAGUUCAGAAGGACAUUUUCGCGUGUUCUCUUGUGUUUAGCUCGUACUCAACCAAAAGUCAUCAUUGCUACCGGUGGAAAUAUGCCUGAACAAACAGAAGUUGAUCAGAAGCCUGUCGAGGCCAGCUCCAGCACCGACUCGGAGCCUGAUGAAGCCCCGGAUGCAGAGGCCACUGGAGGGUCCGUCUCACUCAUCCCAGACAUAAGCAAGGCCAAACAGUCGAGAGGGGAGAAAAAGGCCAGGAAACUCAUGUCCAAGCUUGGACUCAAACCAAUUGUAGGGGUAUCACGAGUUACCAUUCGGAAGUCAAAAAAUAUCCUAUUUGUAAUAAAUAAGCCAGAUGUCUUUAAGAAUCCUGCCUCCGACACUUAUAUCAUCUUUGGUGAAACGAAGAUUGAAGAUCUCAGUCAACAGGCACAAGUAGCCGCUGCUGAGAAAUUUAAGGCUCCUCCAGAGCUUUCACAAUACGCCGAUGUUAGCGGUGCUACUACUAACCAGGUUGUUCCUCCAAUACAAGAAGAGAGCGAAGAAGAGGAGCUGGAUGCUUCGGGUAUCGAGGAAAAAGAUAUAGAGCUUGUGAUGUCUCAAGCUAACGUCAGUAGAAAUAAAGCAGUGAAAGCCCUAACUAAUAAUCAGAAUGAUAUAGUCAAUGCCAUUAUGGAGCUGACAAUGUGAACUACGAAUCAGUGUUAACAUUUUGGCUUGUUAUUUUAACCAUAAUUUUAAUUAUUUUCACAACCAUUAUUAAAUUUGUUUCUUUCGUCUAAGGAUA